UAGUUAAGUCUGAACUUUUUGUACACGUCAUUCGCCGCCGCCUUUGUUUAGGGAAGCGCGGCCGGCGAUAAACUUCCUUCGAGACGGCGCGUGAAAUGUAAAGCAAUCUAAUGGCUGUUGUCGCCGCAUUCCGUUUAGCUGCACGUUCUGUGACAUUUCGCUCCCGUUUUCGGGAUGUUUUUGUCACGAAGCGUCUCCGUUGUCGUUACUACACGAAAGAAAUACCCUCGGACCGUUUCAGUCGCGACCUUGAGCGGUACAAGGACUUGAAGGCGUGUUUCAAGAGACACCUGAAGGCAACGUACGGCAGGUUCUCAGACGUACCUGACCACUCAGUGGUGUACGGUCGUCACCAUGUUUACUUUGUGGAAGGUAACGGCAUCUACAGAAUGGAAAAGGCGAAACGCGAGUCGGAACCAGAGCCGGUUCUCGACCUGGGAUGCGUCGCGACGGGCGAGGAGACGCAAGCGUGGACCGUGCAGAGAAUACGCCUUUCCCCUCAGGAGAAGCAUCUCGCCGCCACUCUGAAGACGUGGAGCGCAGAAACAACAAGGUGCGUGGUGGUGAAGCUGGGCCGAAGACGCGGACUCACGCUGGACAACGUCGUUAGCUUCGAGUGGGCCACAGACGACGUGUUGUUUUACACCACCCGGGAAGGUCUGAAAUGCCGCAACGUAUACCGUCUGGACCUCACGCAAAACGGAAGCACGAUACGCUCCGUGUAUGAGGAAUCGCAGCCGGAUAUUUUCGUGGAGGUGUCUCGCUCAAGAGACGGCCACGUGCUGAGCAUCACCUGCAGCGGCAGGAGCAGCUCCGAGGCGUUGCUCGUGGACGUCUCCGACCCCCGUCUGGAACCCGUCCUGGUUCAGGUGCGCCAGCCGCAGCUGUUGUACUACGUGGAACACUGGAGGCGCAACGUGAUCAUCCUCGCCAACACGGGGCCCGGACGGGAAUAUCAGGUGGCGAAGGCCCCCAUCUCCGAGCCCUCCAUGAUGUCAUGGGAUGCCAUCUUCACCCCGCGUCCCGGCACCGCGCUCAAAGACAUGGACGUCGUGGGGGACCACUGCGUAUUGGUUGCCGCGACGACGAGCAAUGAGCUGGAGCUGAUUGUCGUUCCGCUCUCCCGACCGAGGGCGGCCUAUACUCUGCAGCUGCCCUCCUGGGCGUGCGCGGUCGAAAGCCAGCAUCCGGGCUUUGCGGAGCCACGCGGCACAAUGGAGUUCCUGAUCUCCUCUCCGGUUCGUCCCCCGGUGUCUUACCGUCUUCGCCUCGAGGAAGGCCUCCUUUCACCGGGCGCGGGAGGCAGGCCCGCUCCCUCUCCAACCAACCGGGCCCGGGAGGCUAUCACCGCGCGCUUGAAGGCCCGCAGCCAGGACGGAACCUCGGUGCCGGUGACGCUGCUUCACGGCGGGCCGUGUACAAAAGACACUCCUCUGCUGGUACACGUCUACGGAGCUUACGGCCGGGACGUCGACAUGCGCUUCCGCCCGGAGAAAAGGUUUCUGCUGGAGCAGGGCUGGGCUCUGGCCUACUGCCAUAUCAGAGGGGGAGGAGAGCGCGGGCUGGCGUGGCAGAGACAAGCUCGGGUCGAGGGGAAGCGCAGGAGCGUGGAAGACCUUCAAGCCUGCCUCGCUCACCUCUUCGCCUCGGGGGUCUCCAGCCCAAGGAGGACCGUCCUCACCGCCCGCAGCGCCGGAGCCGUGCCGGUGGGGGCGCUGUGCAACGGACGCCCGGAUAUGAUGCGGGCGGUCACGCUACAGAGUCCUUUCCUGGAUGUGCUGGCAACAAUGGAGGACCCCAAACUGCCCCUGACGCUGGAGGACAGGGAGGAGUGGGGGGACCCCCUGGGAAACCCGCAACACAGGCUCACCAUCGCCUCCUAUUGCCCAGUUUGCAACAUUACUUCUCAGCGUUACCCGUCGAUGCUGCUCACGGCCUACGCCGACGACCAAAGGACGCCUCUGGCGGGUGUCCUGAAGUACGCCGAGAAGCUGAAGGAAGCGGCCAAAGCAGACCCGGAACCUAAUAUCGUGGUCAAUGUCCAACCCGGAGCCAACCACGGGGGACCCGAUGACUGGGAGGCCGUGCUGGAGGAGGAAGCCCUCCAGCUGGCGUUUCUCUACAAGGAACUGGACGUGGACCCACCCGGCGCUCGGCGCAGGAGGACCAAAUAAAGUUGCGAGCACGACAGCAGAAGACAGAACAAC